ACUUUGUCGAGAAUCUUUUGAAGUUGACCUGCACUCGACGUGAGUUCGGCUGAAGGUCCCACCUACUUCACAAGAUACAAGAUGGCAUCGACGGCCACAAGGCUAGGAUCACAGCUCAUCCAGGUGUGCUCCACCGGCAUCAUAGAGGACGCAAGGACCGUUCUUGCCGCGAUCAAGAAGGAGAAGCGACCGUCCACGGCGCUCGAGUACCGGCACCUGACAUCCCAUUUCACUCCGCUGCACACUGCCGCAUUCCACGGCCACGCCGAGAUCGCCGACCUUCUCUUACAGUAUGGCGCUGAUAUCCACACUCCCACGAACGUCCAGAAGAAGAACACCCCUCUUCAUGUCGCCGCCUACUACGGCCAUGCCAAAGUCCUCAAAGUCCUCGUGGCUCGCGGCGCCGAUCUGUACCGUCUAAACGCGGACGGUCUGCUUCCGUUGGACCUCGUACGAUUCAAGAACCACACAGAACCUCUAAACCACCAGGACGCGGCGCGCGUCCUCCUCUUCGCCGUCGAAGUGCACAAAGGGUCCGCCAUGUACCUGAGCUCCGCGGGAUUGCAUCCGUGGAAGGCAUGCUUUGCGCACCUGGUGCGCGUCCAGAGCGGCGCCCCCGGCCAGACGAUGGUGGAGCUGGCGCUGCACGCUGAACGCAACUCCCUGUGUCCAUUCAAAGUCGUGCUGUUCGACUCGAAAACCACUACGUUCGCCAUAAGCAGUGCGCCAGGCCAGCCUUGCGAGCUCACCCUGUCAAGGCCGGUGUGCUGCUACAACUUCAAAGCACCCGCGUUUUCCCGCGACCCUUCGAUCCGACGGACCAAGGGAACAGUGGUCCCGUCCACGUUUGUCAUGCGGGUCGACUCGGCCGACGAAGCCUCCCGGUGGAUAGAUGUGUGCAACAUGCUGCAAGGCAUCAAGUCGUCGCCCAUGGGGCCAGACAAGUUCCGCCAACUGUCCCCGCCAUCACGGGCGGCGGCUCGGAAUUCCUACGUGAGCUCGCUUCCGAUUUCAACGAUUGCCCCACCCCCACCUCCGUUUCGAGGCCCCCCACCAUCGUACGACGAAGUGCUGGCCAUGCAAAGCCAGCCCACCAGUCAGCGAGGGAUGCCCCCCCCAUCUCCCCCUCCUUUUCCCCCACCCCCCUCCCCCCCAACAUGCGUGGGAUCUCGUGGACCCAUCGACGACGACUGUGCCGGGACUCACACCUGCCGUAAGAACGAUACGCUGGCCUCGUCGAUGGCCAAACUCGCAGUCACAACGACUCUGGCGUCGGCCCCGGAACUAACUAGUAGCGCCAACGAGUGUGUGAUUUGUAUGGAUGAAGUGCGCAACGCCGUGUGUAUUCCUUGUGGCCACCUCUCGUCGUGCUUCGACUGUUUGUCCAGCGCCUCCACAUGUCCAAUCUGCCGAACGCCCAUCCAGUCUGUGGUCAAAAUAUACACCGCAUAGUUAUGUCAUAACUAUUGUGCUUUCGAG